AUGGGAAAGGGAAAAAACAAAGAUCACGAUGAUAAGGUCAAGAGCAGUAGGGGCUCGAAUGGACACCAUUCAAAGACUUUCCACAAGAAAGGGUUUCAGGAGACCAAGUACUCUGUGAAGAAAGAUCUCAACUUUCCAGCCAAGAUGGCGAUGUGGGAUUUUGACCAUUGUGACCCCAAACGGUGUAGCGGGAAAAAGCUUGAGAGAUUGGGCCUGAUCAGAAGCUUGAGGAUAGGCCAGAAGUUCCAGGGAGUGGUGGUUAGUCCUAAUGGUCAAGGCCUUGUGUGUCCUGACGACAGAGAGAUCGUGGAAACCCAGGGUGCGGCAGUGGUUGAAUGCUCUUGGGCCAGGAUUGAGGAGAUACCUUUCAACAGGAUCGGAGGAAAGCAUGAGCGACUGCUCCCCUAUCUGCUGGCCGCAAAUCCUGUUAACUAUGGUAAGCCCAUGAGAUUGAAUUGUGUAGAAGCUUUGGCUGCAUGUUUUGCCAUAGUUGGUCAUCUGGAUUGGGCCAAAGACCUGCUGCAACACUUCUCAUGGGGUCCUACGUUUUUGAAGAUCAACAAAGACAUUAUCAAGAUAUACCAGCAAUGUACAGACGCAGAAUCAGUCAAGAAGGCCGAAGAAGAUUGGAUAGAGACUCUUGCUAGGGAAAAACAGGAAAGAAAGGAGCAGAAGGCUACGGUGGAUAUCUGGAUGAUGGGGAAUCCAAACAGACAGCAUGAUGACUCGAGCGAUGACGAAGAAGAAUCUGACGAUGAUGAAAAUGACUAUGAUGAACAAGAUCAACAGUCUGUUCCCGAUCUGGUGGGAAGCGAGUCCGAAGACGAGGGUGAAUUAGAGGCCAAAAGUGAUAUUUUCUAA